CGCGCAUGCGUAAACGUUGAUCGCGAGUGAAGUGAAUAAGUGAAUAUAUAAAAAAAAGUUUUUUUUUUGGCAAUCUCCCUUCCUAGCAGAGUGUAUAUUGAAUUUAUAGACGGAACUCUAAGCUAGGAAAAUGCGUAGUUUAACUACGCUCAGCAGACUGCUGCUGUUCUGCCUAUGGGCGACAGUGGCAAGCGGACAUAUACGUAUCGAAGCUCCGGAGGUUCAUGUGGCGCCCAGUUACAAGCCAGCCUUUGUACGCUCCGCUGUGGAGAGUAUGCCCUUGGAGGAGGAAAGUGGAGCAUUGAGCAGAUUUAGUGUGCGUCCAACAUUUGGCGAUGCUUUUCUGCCAUUACGUAGUGCAGUCGAGAGUGUCCCUAGCAUUGGGGAAAGGAAUAUAGCUCAAUUAAGAGAAUCAUCGCCACUUCGAUCCUUUGUCAGAGACUCCGUAGAGGCUCCGCCAGAUGAUGAAGAUGAAGACCUUGAAGAGGCCCAUGUCAGAGAUCUUGAUGUGGGUGAGGAAUUGAAACCGGAGAAGUUAACCCAACUAGUGGAACCAGAUCCUUGGUCGGUAUCGGACAAGUAUGCAGCCUUUAUAGCACCUGGUAAUGAGGACUAUCAGCCACAGCCCUAUAGAGCUGGUUCACCUCAUCAAGAACUGCUUAAAUCUGUUAAUAUUGAGCAACUCGAGCAUAUAGAUGAAUUGGAUCGUUAUCGUGAGCAACAAUCGUAUGGAGCCUUGGCCCAGGCCGAUUUGGAUGAAACCGAACCGGCUUAUGGUGCACUGGCUCAACUGAAAACCAAUAAUAGAAAGAACUACAAUAUGGCACCGAAAGUCCUUUGCUACAUGUCCAACUGGGCCUUCUAUCGCAAGGGUGAUGGACAUUUCGUACCCGAGCAAGUUGAUCCACGGCUUUGCUCUUCCAUCAUUUACUCCUUUGCUUCAUUGGAUCCCGAUCAUUUGACCAUACGAGAAUUCGAUCCUUGGGUAGAUAUUGAGAAUCAAUAUUACAAGCGUAUAACCUCUUUAGGGGUUCCCGUGUUGAUAGCCAUGGGCGGUUGGACUGACUCAAGUGGCGAUAAAUAUUCCCGCCUGGCUAGCGAUGAUAUCAAACGCAAAGUAUUUGCUUCCAGUGUGACGGGUUUCCUGCAGCGUUACGGUUUCAGUGGAUUGCACUUGGACUGGAAUUAUCCAAAGUGUUGGCAAAGCGAUUGCUCCAAGGGUCCGGCAAGUGAUAAGCCGAAUCUAACGAAACUUCUUCGAGAGAUUCGCACAGAAUUUCAGCGUGUAAAUCCCAAACUUCAAUUAGGUGUUGCCAUUUCGGGCUAUAAGGAGAUUAUCACAGAGGCAUACGAAUUGUCUGCCCUGUCGGAUAUUGCGGAUUACUUAACUGUGAUGAGCUACGACUACCAUGGAGCAUGGGAGCAUCAGACGGGUCAUGUGAGUCCUUUGUAUGGACGAGCCAAGGAUAAAUAUCCGCAAUAUAAUACAGACUACACAAUGCAAUUGUUAAUUAAGAUGGGUGCCCGCAGAGAGAAAUUGAUCCUGAGUAUUCCUUUCUAUGGCCAGAGUUUCACACUCCAGCAAAGCUCACAGAAACUGACCGGCGAGGGAGUGGCAUCAUCCGGACCCGGUGAAGCUGGCGAAUUGACCAAACAACCUGGCAUGUUGGCCUACUAUGAGAUAUGUCAGCGCAUACGUAAGUCCAAAUGGUUAACGGGUCGUGAUGCGGAAAGGAAAUCCGGUCCCUAUGCCAUGCUGAAGGAUCAGUGGGUCGGCUAUGAGGAUGCCGCCAGUGUCGAGGCCAAGGCACGCUAUGCUGUGAAUAAUGAUUUUGGUGGUGUUGCUGCUUGGACAGUGGACUUGGAUGACUUUCAAAAUCGCUGCUGCAGUGAGUCGUAUCCCUUGCUUAAGGCUAUUAAUCGUGCUUUGGGGCGCUUGGACUCGGAGCCACCAACACGCUCCAAUUGCGAACGUCCUCCAUCUGUGGUUACGCCCGCACCACCUCAGAUGACUACAAUUAGCAGUGAUGGUUCCUCGGGUCAGCAUCAUGAACAUAGCACAACCAGCACCACGUGGCCCAGUUGGGAAGCAAAUGCCACGCCCACAACAACAACACCAAGAAGUACAACAAAGAGGCCUAAGCCUUCGACGACCACUACCAAAAGGCCAAAGACAUCUACGGCAAGCACCACAAGUUGGUGGACUUCCUCGACAACGACGAGACGACCAGCAAAACCCACUCGGACCACAUUGAAACCAGCUCAUACAACCAUACCCGCGCCUGCUUUGAUUUAUCCUGUAGUUCAGGCUUCCAAUUGUGAGGCAGGAGAGUUCUAUGCCGAUUCCAAGAACUGUAAUGCCUAUUAUCAUUGCAUCAUUGCGGGUGAAUUGCGUCAACAAUUCUGUCCAGGUGGCCUACAUUGGAAUAAUGAGGCGAAGGGUUGCGAUUGGCCUGCCUCGGCACAGUGUUCGUCUAGGCAAGAGACGUCAAGUAGUAGUAGUAGCAGCAGCAGCACCACUACCACCACCACUAGCACCACCAAGCCCACAAAGAGACCAAGAAAGACUACAACAACGGUUAAACCGUCGCGUAAACCAACCAGGCCACCUCAUCAACAGGUGGUGGCUAGCAGUACGACCAAGCGUCCGAAUCGCACCACUCGUCGACCAAGACCUCCAACAUCGUCUACCGCACGAUGCAACGAGGGCGAAUACUAUACCCAUAGGAAUUGUGGUAAAUAUUACAUUUGCAUAAACGGAGCUUUGGUUCCCAGUGAAUGUGGCGGAGAUUUGCAUUGGGAUGCCUUGCGAAAGAUAUGCGAUUGGCCCCAGAAUGUUCAAUGUGUGACAAGUAAAAAGUAUUUGAGAAUCAUCCAAUCGACUCGAUCAAAUGAGGAGGAUCCCUGCAAUGGAGAGGAACGUGUCCCCUAUCCGGGUGACUGCAAAAAGUAUCUGUUCUGUUUGUGGAAUCGCUUACAGGCCGCUGAUUGUCCACCUGGCUUGCACUAUAACGAAGCUUUGGGUAAUUGUGAUUGGCCGGCAGCAGCCAAAUGUCAACAGGAGAAUGGAAAUGGUGGAGCAACUGGUGGAACUGGAGGUUCUCCUAGCAAACCCAAGCCGCCAGCUCCGGCUAAACCUGCUCCAACCACCCAGAGACCAAGCACUACUCCGAGACCAACAUAUCCGACCGAGAAACCUUCAUUGGAACCCCUCGACGGUUACUACAAGGUUGUGUGUUACUUCACCAAUUGGGCCUGGUAUCGCAAGGGUCUGGGUCGAUAUACACCAGAUGAUAUCAAUACAGAUCUUUGUACUCAUGUCGUAUACGGUUUCGCAGUCCUCGAUUACUCCGAGUUAAUUCUACGCACUCAUGACUCUUGGGCCGAUAUUGAUAAUAAUUUCUAUACACGUGUCAGUGGUCUCAAGAGCAAGGGUAUUAAGGUUAGUCUUGCCCUUGGUGGAUGGAACGAUUCCCAAGGAGAUAAAUACAGUCGCUUGGUUCGAUCACCUUCUGCUCGUGCUCGCUUUGUGCGUCAUGCCUUAGAGUUUAUUGAGAAAUACGGAUUUGAAGGUCUCGAUCUGGACUGGGAGUAUCCAGUAUGUUGGCAAACGGAGUGCAACAAAGGUUUCGCCGAUGAGAAAGAAGGUUUCACUGCCUGGGUUAGGGAACUCUCGGAGGCAUUUAAGCCACGAGGUUUGUUGCUAUCCACAGCGGUUUCUCCCAGCAAGAAAAUCAUUGAUGCCGGCUACAAUGUUCCCGAGCUGUCACGUUACUUCGAUUGGAUUGCAGUGAUGACCUACGAUUUUCAUGGACAGUGGGACAAGAAGACUGGACAUGUUGCUCCUCUCUAUCAUCAUCCCGAUGAUGAUUUCGAUUACUUUAAUGCGAACUUCUCGCUCAACUAUUGGAUUGAGAAGGGUGCUCCAUCGCGUAAAAUUGUCAUGGGCAUGCCGCUAUAUGGUCAAUCCUUUACUCUGGAAAAUGCAAAUAACAAUGGUUUGAAUGCCAAAGCUCCUGGACCGGGACAGGCAGGUGAAUUCACCAGAGCAGCUGGCUUUUUGGCCUACUAUGAGAUCUGCGAUCGUGUCAAGCAUCAAGGCUGGGAAGUUGUGCAAGAUGAACGGGGUCGCAUGGGUCCUUAUGCUCGUAAAGGCACACAAUGGGUAUCAUACGAUGAUCCAGCCAUGAUCCGAAAGAAGUCGCAAUUAGUUAGAGCUCUGGAUUUGGGCGGUGGCAUGGUUUGGGCCUUGGAUUUGGAUGACUUCCGUAAUCGUUGUGGAGAUGGAGUGCAUCCACUACUUCGUGAAAUACACGAUGUUCUUAAGGAUCCACCAAAUGGUCAUGAGGCAGAACCGGGUCUAACUCCAGUGGAACCAGAAUCUGUAGAGGAACAAGCCGUUUCUGUUGAAACAGGAGGCGCCUCUGUGGAAAACGAGACCGAUGGAGCAUCACAGGAAGCUACAGGAGAUGGAGACACUGAAGGCGAAGCUGAGGGUGAAACCGAUGCAGAGGAAGUCGAAGUUGAGGCAGAGCCGAUGGGAGGAGAAGAACCAGAAACAGCGGAUCCCGAACCUAGCCAAGGAGAAGAUUCUGGAGAAUCCUCUCAGGAGAAUGAAGUUGAUCCCAAUGGAGACAUUGAAGAGGGUGAUUUUGAAAUGGAAGAUGGAUUCCCGAUAUCGGGUACAGGAACUGCAGAUUCUACCGACUUCAAAGUGGUUUGCUACUUCACCAAUUGGGCUUGGUAUCGCCAGGGAGGUGGCAAAUUCCUGCCCGAGGAUAUCGAUGCCCAACUUUGCACCCAUAUUGUCUAUGGCUUUGCAGUCCUAAAUCGAGAUAAGUUGACCAUCCAACCGCAUGAUACUUGGGCAGAUUUGGAUAAUAAGUUCUAUGAGCGUGUCGUGGCCUAUAGGAAGAAGGGAGUCAAGGUAACAGUUGCCAUUGGAGGAUGGAAUGAUUCGGCAGGAGAUAAAUAUGCUCGACUGGUAAGAAAUGCCCAGGCCAGGGCAAGGUUCAUUCGUCAUGUGCUAGACUUCAUCGAACAAUACGGAUUUGAUGGUCUCGACCUGGACUGGGAAUACCCUGUAUGCUGGCAAGUUGAUUGCAAAAAGGGAACCUCUGAUGAAAAGCAAGGAUUCACUGAUUUGGUGAGAGAACUAUCACAAGCUUUCAAGCCGAAGGGACUGCUUCUCUCCGCCGCUGUUUCACCGAACAAAAAGGUUAUCGAUGCGGGCUAUGAUGUUCCUGAACUCUCCCAUUACUUCGAUUGGAUUGCUGUGAUGGCCUACGACUAUCACGGUCAAUGGGAUAAGCAGACAGGACAUGUAGCACCCAUGUAUGAACAUCCCGAUGGCGCUAGCACCUUUAAUGCAAACUUCUCCAUCAACUAUUGGCUGGAGAGUGGCGCAGAUCGCAAGAAACUGGUGAUGGGCAUGCCCAUGUAUGGACAAUCCUUCUCAUUGGCCCAGGCAAGUGAUCAUGAAUUGAAAGCUCCUACCUAUGGCGGCGGUGAGGCGGGAGAAGCCACCAGAGCUCGAGGCUUUUUGUCUUAUUAUGAAAUAUGCACUUACAUACGUCAAAGAGGAUGGACUGUGGUCCGCGAUGGCAGAGGACGAAUGGGUCCAUAUGCCUAUUUGAGAGAUCAAUGGGUGUCUUUUGAUGAUGCCCCCAUGAUACGUCAUAAGAGUGAAUAUGUCAAGGCCAUGGGAUUGGGUGGUGCUAUGAUUUGGGCGCUCGACUUGGAUGACUUUAAAAAUGAUUGCGGUUGUGAGUCAUAUCCUUUGCUCAAGACCAUUAAUCGAGUGCUGCGUGGCUAUGGAGGACCACAUCCCAAAUGUGUGCUAGAGCCAAGCGAAAAGACCAUGAUCGAUGGAGAUCCGGGUGCUCCUAAGCCCACAGUAAAUACAGGAACACCUGCUCCAUUGAUUGAAACACCCAGUCAACCUGAAACUGGACAGGCUAUUGAUUGUAAUGGCAGACACUAUGUGCCCCAUGACAAGGAUUGCAAUAAAUAUUACAUAUGCCAAUAUGGAGAACUCUUGGAGCAACGCUGCCCUGCUGGCCUCCAUUGGAAUGAGAACUACUGCGAUUGGCCAAACAAUGCCAAGUGCACGGUGAGAGCGGAUCAGACCACCCAAGCACCCGUGGUUCAUCGUCCCAAGCCCACAACAAGCACAUCUUCACCAGAUGUAACCAAACCUACAAAGAAACCAUUUACUCCACCCAACAAGAAACCCAUUUCCCGACCCAAACCCACUCCGCCCCCUGCCUUGGGUAGUGAUGAGGAAUACAAGGUCGUUUGCUAUUUUACCAACUGGGCAUGGUAUCGUCCUGGUCAGGGUAAAUAUGUACCCGAAGAUAUUGAUGCCAAUCUCUGUACCCACAUUGUCUAUGGAUUUGCCGUGCUGAAUAGCAAUACUCUCACCAUUAAAACGCAUGAUUCCUGGGCGGAUAUUGAUAAUCGUUUCUAUGAACGUGUCGUGGAGUACAAACAGAAGGGUCUUCGUGUCACUGUGGCCAUUGGUGGUUGGAAUGAUUCCUUGGGUAGCAAAUAUGCUCGCCUGGUACUUGAUCCUCAGGCUCGUGCUCGAUUCAUUGAAAGUGUUUUGACAUUUGUUGAGAAAUACGGAUUCGAGGGCUUAGAUUUGGAUUGGGAAUAUCCUGUUUGCUGGCAAGUCGAUUGUGCGAAGGGAUCUCCAGCCGAGAAGCAAGGAUUUGCCGCUUUAGUUCGUGAAUUGUCGGAUGCCUUCCGUCCACGUGGCUUACUUCUCUCCGCUGCUGUUUCGCCCAGUAAAACGGUUAUUGACGCCGGCUACGAUGUGCCAAAACUUUCACGUUACUUCGAUUGGAUUGCUGUGAUGACUUAUGAUUUCCAUGGUCAUUGGGAUAAACAGACUGGACAUGUUGCUCCACUGUAUUAUGUCGAAGGCGAUGCUAAUCCCUAUUUCAAUGGCAACUUUAGCAUUAACUACUGGCUAGAUCAAGGUACUCCGGCAAAUAAACUUAUCAUGGGAAUGCCUCUUUACGGUCAAUCAUUCUCGCUGGCUGAUCAGAAGGAGCGAUCGCUCAAUGACAGAACCAUCGGACCUGGUCAAGCGGGUACUUAUACCAGAGCCGGUGGCUUCUUGGCCUACUACGAGAUUUGCGAAAAGGUCAGCAACGGCGGUUGGACUGUCGUUCGCGAUGAUGAAGGACGUAUUGGCCCCUAUGCCUACAGUGGCAAUCAAUGGGUAUCGUACGAUGAUGUUGCCGACAUUAGACGCAAGUCUCAGUUCGUAAGAAGCCUUCGUUUAGGUGGUGGCAUGGUCUGGGCAUUGGAUCUGGAUGAUUUCCAUGGACGUUGCGGCUGUGGCAAACAUCCUUUGCUGCGUACACUCAAUCAGGAGCUUCGUGGCAUUCCCGGACAGCGUGCCAAUGAUUGCACUUAAUAAAAAUUUGAAAUAUUAAGUGAAUUUAUCAUAGUAAUAAUUAUCUAUUCCAAUGCCGCCUAUUCUGAAUGCUGAAGAACUGGGCUCGCAAUCUGUUCUCGAGAUUUUUGCCAUUUAGUUUUAUAAGCACUACCGACAGACAAUCGUAUGAA